AUGAGGCUCGAUACUAAGGCCAUGCGGUAUCUGUCCGCCGAGGACUGGCGAACUCUCACUGCAGUUGAGACUGGCUCCCGAAACCAUGAGGUUGUCCCGACACCAUUGAUUGCCCAAAUAUCAGGCCUCCGAGGCGGGGUUCACAAAAACAUAUCUGCCUUGGCGAAGAUAGGAUUGAUCGCGCGGUUGAAGAACGCCAAAUAUGAUGGCUAUCGUCUUACAUAUGGAGGUCUGGAUUACUUGUCUCUGAAUACAUAUCGAAAGCGCAAAGACGUCUACAGCGUCGGAAAUCAAAUCGGGGUUGGAAAAGAGAGCGAUAUCUUCGUGGUGGCGGACGAGAAGGGAGUGCAAAGAGUCUUGAAAAUACACAGACUGGGUCGCAUAUCUUUUCGAACAGUCAAGGCAAAUCGGGAUUACCUGCGGCAUCGACCAGCCGGAUCUUGGAUGUACAUGUCGCGGCUAGCAGCGCUGAAAGAGUUUACAUUUAUGAAGGCACUAAGAGAGAAUGGAUUCCCCGUACCAGAACCUUUGGCGCAGUCGAGACACACCAUAGUUAUGUCUCUAAUAGAUGCAUUUCCCAUGCGUCAAGUCGCCUCCGUCCCAGAUCCAGCGGGCCUGUACGCAGAGCUCAUCUCCAUGAUUCUACGACUCGCACAAUAUGGACUCAUCCACGGGGACUUCAACGAAUUCAACAUAUUGAUCAAGGAGGAAUAUAAUUCAGAGGAUCCCAAGGAUCAACAACCCGAGAACGUUAUUCUGACCCCCAUUCUUAUCGAUUUUCCUCAAAUGGUUUCGGUUGACCAUGCGAACGCAGAGUACUAUUUCGACCGCGAUGUGAACUGCAUCAAGAGAUUCUUCCAGCGGCGUUUUCAGUUCACCAGUGAUGAAAAGGGACCAUCCUUUGCUGAAGCUAGAAAAUUGAUAGGGAAAGGUGGUAACCCAAGACUUGAUGUUGCUGUUGCAGCGUCAGGCUUUUCUAAAAAGAUGGCGAAAGAUCUCGAGUCAUAUAUGAAAGAGGUUGGAGUGGACGGGGACGGUGAUCCCGACGCGGCACGUGGAGAUGAAGAUGAAGACGAGGAUGAGGAAGAUGAUGAGGACGAGGAUGGAGAGGAUAAAGUGGAUGUUGAGGAGGAAGCUGAUGGAGAUGAUAUGCAAGCACAUAACCAGAUCUCAGCUGCUGAGAUUUCGCUGUCGACCCUUCAGAUCAAAGACCAAACUUGA